AUGCCCACAACCUUAACCUCCCCAUACUCACCCAAAACUCUCAAACACCCAAGAUCUCUCUCAAGAUCGGUUAACUACCUAUUCAAAGAACAAAGACUGAUCUUUAUCCUGGUGGGUUUUCUCAUUGGCUCCACAUUCUUCAUCAUCCAACCAUCUCUGUCCCCGCUAAUCCCUUCUGAACCCCAUUCUUCAAUACCCAGAUUUUUUCCAGUCAUCAGUCAUGAAUCUAUGUCAGACCCAUUUCGUGGUGUGAGCAAUUUUGGGGUUGGGAAGGCGGCUGGAAGGCUUCCGGUGGGCAUUGGACGAAGAAGGUUGAGAAUAGUGGUUACUGGUGGAGCUGGAUUUGUUGGGAGCCAUUUGGUUGAUAAGCUAAUUGCCAGAGGGGAUGAUGUGAUCGUCAUUGAUAAUUUCUUUACUGGAAGGAAAGAAAAUGUGAUGCACCAUUUUAGGAAUCCGAGGUUCGAGCUUAUUAGACAUGAUGUUGUUGAACCCAUUUUGUUAGAGGUGGAUCAGAUCUAUCACUUGGCUUGCCCGGCUUCGCCAGUUCAUUAUAAGUACAACCCGGUGAAAACUAUCAAGACCAAUGUGGUAGGCACACUUAACAUGUUGGGACUAGCAAAGCGAAUUGGUGCGAGGUUCUUGCUCACAAGUACAAGUGAGGUUUACGGUGAUCCACUGGAACAUCCGCAAAAGGAGUCAUAUUGGGGAAAUGUGAAUCCAAUUGGUGUGAGAAGCUGCUAUGAUGAAGGGAAAAGAACAGCUGAAACCUUGACAAUGGAUUAUCAUCGCGGGGCAGAGGUUGAGGUACGUAUUGCUCGUAUUUUCAAUACAUAUGGGCCUCGCAUGUGUCUAGAUGAUGGACGUGUUGUCAGUAACUUUGUUGCACAGGCUAUUCGCAAGCAACCACUGACUGUUUAUGGUGAUGGACAGCAAACUCGAAGCUUCCAAUUUGUCUCUGACUUGGUUGAUGGGCUGGUGGCACUGAUGGAAAAUGAGCAUGUUGGGCCUUUCAACUUGGGCAAUCCAGGAGAGUUCACCAUGUUAGAGCUUGCCGAGGUUGUCAAAGAAACAAUUGAUCCUAGUGCAGCGAUAGAAUUUAGACCGAACACUGC